UUUUCGUCGGCACGUGUUACACAUGGCACCUCCUGUUGAAAAAUUAACAGAGAUUGUCAGAGAGAUUAUGGAAUGGGCUGGAGUUGACUGCAGUCAUAAAAUAGAAAAAGGAGAUUUGACCCUAGUUCAACAUAUCAGGCAGGAGAUCUUAAAAGUAUUUGCAACAGCUGAAAGAGAGAAUGGUAAAGGCACCAUUACCAAUAAUAGCAGCCUUAUCUGUGAAUUGCAAAAUGAAGUUGAGUUCCACCAAGCUCAAUGUUAUGAACUAAGAGAAGAAUUAAAACAAUUGAAGGAGAAGUUAAAGCUCUGUGAAGAGAAGAAUGAAGAUCUUCAAGCUGAAGUAGGGAAACAAUUGUUUCUAGAAAGCAAAGAAAUGCGCUGUAAAAAGAUUUGUGAGCCCUCCAGUGAACAUGGUAGAGCUACAGGGGCACAGCAGGCAUUUUCAUGUGCAGAUCUUAAACAACCUGAUGGUAGAGGUCUAUUAGACAAAUCAGGUUUCUUGCUUCAACAAAGACUUCAAGAGAUCUCGCAUUCCCUAUCAGAAUUGGAAUUAAGCAGAAUCAAAACUCUUGUUCAACCCAAAUUGAAUAGCUUCAGACUUGCCAGAAUCAGGGAGGGUUCCAACUUGUUUGAUGAAUUGGAAAAAAAAGGGGAAUUUUCCUGUUCCUUUGUCAGAGAUCUUCUGAGAAGAAUCCAUCGUUUUGAUCUUGUAGAGAAACUUGCUGUACCUUUUCACAAUGGUGAUGAAUCAUACAGAGGGGAAUCCUAUCCACCUCAAGACAGCAAUCAACAGAAUGAAGUGUCUGAAAGUGUUUCAAGUGUUGAUGGUAAACUAUCUGAUGAAGUGAAAGAAAGGGAAGACAUUUUUGACAACAUUAAAUCCGAGGGAGAGGUCCAACUUUGCAACAGUUCUAAUUUACACCCAUUUAACAAUAAUAGUGAAGUGGUUGCUGAUACUUUUCAUCCAGAGAUCAUGAAUGAAUCAAGGCUUGUAGGAGAUGUGGAUUUGUCAAAGGAAAGAUGUGACUCAGCCUCAAGCUUGUCUCAGUCAUUUGAUGCGACGAGUAUUGGAGAGGAGUACCAAGUGAGGUCUCAGUCACCUUCAGUUACAGGUGAACAAUUUGAGGGUGGAGAGCUGAAAGGAGCAUGUGCUCCUAAUGGCAAAAGGGACAAAGAGGGCUCACAUGAUUCCUCUUUUUGUGAUGAUGCAGAGAGGCAAUUCUAUUUUAAACAUCGACAGUUUAAUGACACAGAUGGUGCAGUUAAUUUACCAGAUAUAGCCCAUGAUAGUUUUAUGCCAGAAGACUUUGAUAGUAUGAAUCAAGAUUUUCUUCCUUAUGGAAACACAACUCAGAGGCAAAAUGUUUCAGGUUCAAGAAUCACUGCUCAAAAGGAUACAGCAACAGAUCAGUCUGAUUCUCAAGUGGGCAGUCAGUCAAUUAAAUGGGAACAUGUAGGGGCCAGACCAAGAGACAGACUUUCUAAAACAGACAGAUCCCCAGGAUCUUCUUUGUUUUACUCAUUGGAAGAUUUAGUUCCUCCCCAAGUUGCUGGACCUAUGGCUCAUGGAGUGACCAAUGCUUUCUUAGCAAGACACUCCGAGGACAAACAUCUUCAUGAAAAUUUAUAUUACACUAAUGCAGAGAAGAUGUUUACUGAGAAUCCUUCAUUACAAGGAGCUAUUCAUAUUGAUGGCAUGUUGAACUUAAUUGACUCAAACAAAGCUGAACUAAACUUUGGUGAAUGUCAAUUUGCUUCAAGGCCAGAUCCAUAUUGUUCACCACACUCCUCAUUUUCCCCUCAGGCUGGUGGAGUGUACAUUGUAGGAAACAAUGGUUCGAACACUGACUUCAACUUGGUAAAUUCUAAUGCAGAGGUUAAUGGAUCUGACAGCAGGCUUUUGUCAGGAUCAGAACUAAGCAGAGGUAGUCAGUUUCUGCCAGUCACAGUAGACAGGGAUGUUUUGAAUACAUCUGGUGAGGGUAACUCUAGUAGCAUUGCAGUUUACACAUCUGGUGAUCAUUUGGCUUCUGGACACUAUAGAGAACGUAGCAGGGCCCAUUAUUCUUCAAGCUCUGGGUUAAUAUCUGGUAUCAAUACAGGAGGAAGUCAACAAUCUGGCCAAACUGAGGAUUCAUUCUCAAACAGAAACCAUGGCACAGAGUCAGUGGAGUCCAGAGAUAGCUCCCUGGUUGAAUUGGAACAGCACAUGGAAGAAGCUUGUGCACUGGUGGAAAGAGUGCCGAGGGAGAGAGAAGAAAGAGAACAGUUUGGUCAGGAAAUUGAAAGAAAAGAGUGUGAAGUACGAGCAGAAAGAGUGCGGAAGAAGAGAGAAAGAGAGGAGAGAGAAACUGGAGCAGGAGGAGGGCUGCCAACAACCACUUAUGGUCCUUUUGUAGUGGAGUCAUUAAACUCUACUCACAACAGCCCUCAGGCUUGGUUAGAAGGGAUUGAAGCAGCAAAAGCUAAAGUGUGCUUUCAAGCCAGUGGACCUUGCAGGGUUAGACCACAGGGUGGCCAUGACAAGUGCAGUGUAUGCCUGCAGGACUCAUUCAGUGGUUUACAGGUUUUACCAUGCUCCCACAAGAUCCACUUGCAGUGUAUUGUCAGGCUCAUUCAGGGCAACGUAUUACUUUGCCCAUCCUGCCUGCAUUCCUUUUUCCCCCAAAGUAAAUAGUCCUCCAAGGUCUGUAGCCAUAUAGUACAGCCUGAAAAUGGCAAAGUCUGACAUUGUUCAAGUAGGGGUACAUCUAUCGUGUGAAAUCAUCAAGUCAUACCUGAAGUAGUCUCUUAUACUUUAACAGUCAAUCACAUACAUUGCUUUUGUGUGAUAAUCUCCCCCUUCCUGAGAAAUGAUUGACAAAGCAUAUCAUAUUUUAAUUGUUAUCACUCAAGGUGACAGAGGUAGAGGUGAUCACUCUCAUGUAGUGGAGAUCACACUUUCACUAUAAAGCAAGGAUUUGAUUAACUGUGUACUUUUGUGAAACUCACUUAGCUUGGUCCGCUUGUAUUUUCCAACCAAAGUAACUACUUAAUUUUACUUCAUUAUUUGAUACAUUUCCUGAAAUGAUAAUUUAUGUUUCCCUAGGAAAGAGGAGGGCUUAUUAAUUAUAUUUGAAGGAAUGUAGAAUGCAAAGGAUAAUUGAGAUCAAGUGUAUGCUCAUGUUAUAUUUAUAGGUUAUAUUUGUCCUAAGUAACAAGACAUAGUGCGGUACCAGCCACAUGUGAAUUAUGCAGUUUUGAUUAGGGCUCCUCAAAACAUUUUCUCUAGCUUGCACAGAAUUAGGGAGCAUACAGAGAAAGAGUUAAAGAGAGAAAUAUUAAGAAAAAAACUAGGAGAUGUGGAGUUGGGGCUGCUAGACAUAUUUGCCCGCUGUGUGUGUGUGUAUGUUGGCAAAUAGCCCACUUAAGUUUUGAAUAGCUUUGUUCAGCCGUAUCUUAAAAUGGGUUUCAUGAUGGAAUAUCAACAAACAGAUCAAACAAGGAUAAUUAUUGUGGUUAGACCCACUUAAAUUUUGCAAUUGCAGAUUAAAGGUGGUACUGGAUCAGUAGUAUGAAAAUGAAUAGGGACAUGUUGCAUUCAGUUCAGAAGUUAUCAAUUUGGUUCACCAAACUCGUUUUUGAGUCAUGAGCACAUACAGCUGAAGCAGAGCUGGCAGUCGGAGCCGCCAGGUGACUCAAACUACCGGCCAGUCAACCACCUUUAGCCAGCUACUUUCAAACCUUGCAAUAAACUACAAUAAUUAAAUUGACUUUUACAAUGUAAAUGAAUAGAGUACAUUGGCGUAAAAUAUCCAGCCAAACAAGUAGUACCAUUAUGAAACACUGGUAAACAAAACCCAUAGAGUUACCACUCUGUGUUAAUUAUGGACUUCUACCUGGACCUUCAUCCAGUUAAUUUGAGCAAAUGCUAGCUCAUGCAGACAGUGACUUUAACUCAUAGUAAUUAACUCCUAAUAUCUGAACAAAUGACUUAAUUGGCACUUAGUCCAAGAGAGCCAGGAAUACCACAAAAUGGGACUAUAUGCAUCUUUAUAAAGGAGUCAACUUAUCAUUCAGGGUUUACUGGUUCAGGAUUGAGCUCCAAUUUGGUGGAGACCACAAGAUUUCAAAGGUCUGUGAUAUCUGUUACUAUAAUGCAGGAAAAAAUCUUGAUCAACAUUUCUAAGAUGAACAGAAACUACGGCAGAAAGUUAGUGGAGCUAUCUGACAUUUUCUUGCUUGAAGUGGAAUAGCGGGAAGAGGGGAGAGAGAGAGGACUUUGAUUGGGAAAUCAAAGAAAGGUGUUUGAAAUCUGAGUGAGAAAAGCGAAGGAAGGAAGGGGGCUGGAGAGAGCCAGAUGGUGACAACAAUCUCCAUUAGCAAUGAGAAGACCCCGGCUCGCUUUGUUGAGAGGAGCUUCCUGUUGCACAACCAACAGCCCCCAAGUGUUGUUAUAAGGAGUAUUCAAGAGUAACAUUGGAUGAGGAUUUCAACAGGCAGCCCACAGUUCAGAGGAUCAAGCACAACUGUACUGGUGAAGAGCAUGACCAAGAUGCAAGCCCAAUUAGUACAAGCAGGGUUCGUACGGGUCCUGGAAAUCCUGGAAAGUCCUGGAAUUUUAUUAUCACAUUUUCCAGGACUGGAAAGUCCUGGAAAAAUACUGCUGGUCCUGGAAAGUCCUGGAAAUCUGUUAAACUGAAUAAAGUAAUAAAAUUUUCACAAAAAAGUAAAAUGAGCAAAUGUUCUUGAGUAUUAUUAAAUCGUUCGCGUUUAUGGUUUUGACCGCAUAACUAUUUCUCUUUCGUGUUUUUUCUCAUUACAAAGUCCCUUCUGAUCUUGUCACUGACUAGAUAACAUGCGGGCUCGAGUAUAACAAUGGAUAGAAGGCUCGUGUAUCAUCAUAAGCUCAUGCGCAGUAGUAACCUUGAUACAUGCAUGAUUUUGUAACUUGGAGAAUUGUAACAUCUAAUCAGUACAUGGGCGUCUUUAGUUUUAAACGUUUUUAUUCCGAAAUAUGCCUGGGAAAUGCUUCUUUAGUGACCGAUGGUUAGAAAACGCUUCCUAUAAAUUGUGGCUGGAACGUGACGUUGACAAGUUUAAAGCAAAAUGCAAAGUUUGUAUGAAGGCGUUUGAUGUAUCAAACAUGGGAGAAUCGGCGUUGAAAAGCCACGAAAAGGGAAAGAAGCAUAUUUAUCUUAUGGAAACGCAACAAAGAAAUACAACCGGCGACAUAAGAAACCUUUUGUCGAACUGCUCUUCCACUGCCCCUCGAAAAGCUACUGAAAGUAGUAACUCUACUUUGACUGUAUCAAGUAGUGGUGCUAGUACAACAGCAGGUAUGUCGGGGUUCGUGACAAGGAAUGAUACUUUAACUGCAGAAGUUUGGUGGGCCCUAAAGGUGAAUAGCAGUCAUUAUUCCUACAAUUCCUGUGCAGAUAUAAACUUCUUAGUGCAGCAAAUGUUUCCAGACAGUGACAUUGCAAAGAAAUUUACCUGUGGGGAGAAAAAGGCUUCUUACCUUUCUUGCUUUGGUAUUGCACCACAUUUCAAGAGUCUUCUGAAGGAGAAAGUCAAAUCUUCAAAUGGAUAUGUGCUUUUGUUUGAUGAAAGUUUGAAUCAUGAACUGCAAAAGAAGCAGAUGGAUUUCCAUGUUCGCAUUUGGAAUCAUGACAAAGUUGAAACUCGCUAUUAUGAUUCACAAUUUCUUGGGCAUGCCAGUGCAGAAGAUAUGCUUGAAAAGUUUCAUUCUUGCAAAGAGGACUUGAGCUGUAGAAAUUUAAUUCAACUCUCUAUGGAUGGGCCUAAGGUGAACUGGAAAUUUUAUGAAAUGGUAGAGCAAGAAUUGAAGAGGGAUUACAGUUGCACUCUCCUUAACACAGGGAGUUGUGGUAUACAUAUUGUGCAUGGAGCUUUUAAGGAUGGUUGUGAUGCAGCUGGAUGGACGGUGCAGAAAACUCUUUCAAGUCUUUACUGGCUGUUUAAAGACAGUCCGGCUCGAAGAGAAGACUACAUUAAAGUAACUGGUAGCAGUGUAUUCCCCCUGAAAUUCUGCCAGCACCGGUGGCUGGAGAAUGUGUCAGUUGCCGAGCGAGCACUUGAAGUGUGGCCUCAUAUUGUCAAAUAUGUUAAUGCUGUUAAGGCAAAGAAAGUUACUGAUCCCAAAUCCAAAUCUUAUGAGACCAUCAGCGGUAGUUGCUGUGAUCCCUUGAUGCCUGCAAAGAUCGCCUUCUUCGCAUCAGUGGCAAAACAGAUCAAUCCUUUUCUCACAGCAUUUCAGACUGAUAGACCUAUGCUGCCAUUCAUGAGUCUUAGUUUGUACACUUUGUUGAAAUCAUUGCUUAAUAGGUUUAUCAAGAGUGAACUUGUA